AUGGGGAUUAUCGCUGUUGCUGGAGGCGCCGGGCAGGUCGGUAAAGCCAUUACCGACGGACUUGUCUCGGAUAAUAAGCACAAAAUCUAUGUUCUCUCUCGAAAAGACCAAAGUCCUAUAGAUUCAUUGUCCUUUGUCGCCAUGGAUUAUGCCAAUGUGGACGGCAUGGCGCGCAAGCUGGACGAGCUCCAAAUCGAUACGGUCAUCUGCGCCAUCGGGACCCUUACAGCCGCAGCCAGUCAAGUCCAAAUCAAUCUGAUCCACGCUGCAGACAAGGCCGCCGCUACACGUCGGUUUGUCAUGGCUAGUUUUGAUAUGCUUCACCGCCAAGAACAUAUUGAACUCAACCCACUGGCUAAACAUACAUUUGACGCAAUCGAGGUGCUGGAGAAAAGCAACCUCGAAUACACGCGCGUCGCGAAUGGGUGGUUUAUUGAUUAUUAUGGAAUGCCUCACUACCAGACGACUCUGCAUCCGUGGAUCAAUAUUGUAGACUUGGCGAACAAGUGGGCUGUCAUCCCUGGGGAUGCGACCACAAUGGCAACUUUCAUCACGACGCGGGACCUUGGGAGAUUUGUGUCUCGAAUGAUGGAACUACCCACUUGGUCCAAGAUCACGACCAUUGUUGGCAACGAAAUGACUUUUGGAGAUCUCGUGAAACUUGCAGAAGAAGUCAGAGGCUGCAAAUUUGAAGUGGCAAAUGAUUCGUUGGAGACUCUCUUCGCAGGCAAAAUAUCAUUUGCUUCGAGAUUUCCCCCGAUAGGUUUGGGUAUCAAGGAGGACGAGGCAUUCAUUGCCAAAGUACACUACCUCGCAGGUUGUGGCCAUUACCGUGUGCCUGAUAUGGGGAGUCUGAAUAGUAGAUUCCCAGAUAUAAAACUGACAACAAUGAGGGAGGUGAUGGUAUUUGCCUGGGGUAGUUCUUCCAGUCGGGAAAAAUCGGACACUGCAUCGUGA